UUAUUCCGUUGCGUGAAAACACACCGAAUAGGAGCAACGAGGGAAGAAACCGGCACGACUCUCACGAAUAAAGGAUUUUCGGAUAACCACAUUUUAAAAUAAAAUACGUUACCAGUACACUCGCCGAAAACACCGCUCUUUAUUUAGCCUGUUUGAGUUUGAAAUGUUACAGUUUAGGUUCUCGGCGGCGUUAAAGGACUUUUGUAAACCAAAUCUGAAGCGCAUAUUGAAUAGCAGUAAUACAGAUAAUAUAACGAAAGUCGCAUCUCGCUCCAUCGGCGCCGCCGGUACGCGGCCGGUGUCCUGGAGGCGCGUCUCCGGCGCCGGAGGAGGAUGCGCGUCUCCGGUUAGACGCGCUCUGUGCACCCAGACGGACGCGGCCGACCAAGCCCAGAAAAAUGCGUCCACGGAGAAAAGAAGGAAGGCAGGCAUUUUGCCCAGCCUGGAAGAUCUCCUGUUCUACACCAUCGCAGAGGGUCAGGAGAAAAUUCCAGCACACAAAUUUACCACGGCGUUGAAAUCCACUGGUCUGCGUACUGGAGACCCUCGCCUUAAGGAGUGCAUGGAGAUGUUGAAGGUCACACUAAAAACCACGUCAGACGGCGCACUGGAUCGACACCUGUUUAAAAAGUGUGUGCAAAGCAAUAUCGUGCUGCUGACUCAGGCUUUCCGCAAGAAGUUCGUCAUUCCCGACUUUCAGUCGUUCACCUCCCACAUCGAUCAAAUUUACGAGAGCGCUAAAUCGCUCUCAGGCGGCCAGGUGGCGGACUACAUUCCUCAGCUAGCAAAAUUUAGUCCGAAUCUUUGGGCGGUUUCACUCUGCACUGUAGAUGGCCAACGAUACACGGCAGGUGACACGAAAGUUCCAUUUUGUCUGCAGUCGUGUGUGAAACCCUUAAAGUAUGCCAUCGCGGUUCACGACCAUGGCACCGAUUACGUACACCGUUUUAUAGGAAAAGAGCCCAGCGGUCUUCGGUUCAACAAACUCUUCCUUGAUGAAGAUGAUAAACCUCACAAUCCCAUGGUAAACGCCGGCGCUAUAGUGUGUACAUCCCUCCUCAAGCAAGGUGCUGGCAACGCUGAGAAAUUCGACUAUGUGAUGAACUUUAUGAAGAAGUUGGCAGGAAACGAGUAUGUUGGUUUCAGCAAUGCUACGUUUCAGUCUGAGAGACUGUCAGGUGAUAGAAACUUCGCAAUCGGUUACUACCUGAAGGAAAAGAAGUGUUUUCCAGAGGGUACAGAUAUGACUUCCAUCCUGGAUCUUUACUUCCAGUUGUGCUCUAUCGAAGUGACCUGUGAAAGCGCCAGCGUCAUGGCGGCGACCCUAGCCAACGGCGGCUUCUGUCCAAUCACGGGCGAGCGUGUGUUGAACCCGGAGGCCGUGAGGGACACUCUGAGUCUCAUGCACUCUUGCGGCAUGUAUGACUUCUCCGGACAAUUUGCUUUCCAUGUUGGUCUUCCGGCCAAAUCGGGCGUUGCUGGAGGCAUCCUACUGGUAGUGCCCAAUGUGAUGGGUGUCAUGUGUUGGUCGCCUCCGCUUGAUAAACUGGGUAACAGCGUGCGCGGCAUCCAGUUCUGCACGGAUCUGGUCCAGCUUUUUAAUUUCCACAACUAUGACAAUUUACGUCACUUUGCCAAGAAACUGGAUCCGCGCAGAGAGGGUGGAGAACAGCGGCAGAACCUCGGACCCAUGGAUUAUACGAGCCUUCAGAAGGAGCUAGCGCUCGCCGAGAACGUAUGGAAAAAGGUUUGCCCCUCCGAAACGGACGAAGACAGUUCCACCACUUUAGUCUAUAGGAUGAAGACCGUAGCAGAAAGAAACUAGAAGAGACAACGCCCCUCCCUCGCCCAUUCACACACAGGCACACUUAUCUGGUUCAUCCAUUAGCCAAUCAUCUCAACCGGAGGAAAAGUAUUUCCUGUUUGUGGAGUUAAAGAGGAAAGGCGUCAUUGGUGACUACUGCUGCUACAGUCAUGAGAUGUUUUUAUUUAUUUUGGUCAAAUUUUAAAUAGGUCAAAGUCGUGACCAGUAGUGUAUGUUUGUGAAACAGGACCUAUGUGUGAAAAGUUUUGAGUUGUUGUUGUUUUUUUUCGGUACAGAGCAUACCAAAAACCUUUGAGGCUCAUGUUUUUUUAUUUGUUUAUUUAAAAACUAUUUAAAUAUUAAAAAUAUAUAGCCUGUAAGUGGCUGCGGCGCUUCAAAACAGUCUGAUUGGACAACCGAUAGCCUACGUGGGAUUGGUUGAAAUGAACAAUUUGAAAAUUCUUGAAAUCGUGUUUAAUGCUGCUUGAGACGCUCUGGCUUUAAAACAUAAAACAACAUUUUAUUGUUUUGUUUCAUAAAUUCAGAAGCCUCAAGAAGAGAUUCACUGUAUGUUUUAUGUAAUCCUUGUUUGGUGUUUGCGUCUGUGGGACCUUUAUAAAGAAAAUAGGAUGCAAUUAAUCAUUUUUUUCCAAGACGUUUAAACCGAUCAAGAUCAACGUUUUUCAACCAUGUCAGAUUUUUCUUGUUAAUACUUUUUUUGCAAAAAGGCACCCUUUUUCAUAAGUAUGCAUUAACAGAAGUAAAUGACAAAUAUUACUGAUGCUGUUAAUGUUUCUUGUACUUUCACAUGCAUUUUACAUGUAUUUUUACAUACAUUUUUAAGGCUGCAGACAUCAAGUUACAAAAUGAACACCAUUCAAGGGUUGAUAGUUUUAUCGCUGUAUUGUGCAUGCUUUUAUCAUGGCUAUUUCAAGCUCAAAUGUUUUUAUUUAAUUUUUGUCAAUUGAAGUACUGUCAGAAAUGUUCAAUGUAAACAAUUGUUCGCUUAUGUGUCUAAAACAAGCGUUUGCAGUUUUCUGAAUACAAUUAAACAACCAAAAUAGUAAUUUUGUUUUACAAAACAUUUUUUAUUAUUUAUCUAGAAGAGACUCAUGCUGAAAACUUACUUGAAAACCAGAACAAAUCACUGGUUGACUGUGAUUAGAUAACACGGGAAGAAACCUGUUAUAAUUAGUGGUGUUACAGUGCAAAAUGAUCUUGCAUCUAACUGUGAAAAAAUGUUUUUGCGUUGCAAUCUGUCUUUUUUUAAUUGGACAGUUUUGCACAAUAUUGUCUGUUAAAAAAAAUAUUGCUAUGGCUGAAUCUACUGUGCCUCUUUGUGGUCAGUAUUGUCCUUUGACACCAAAACCUGCGAAUUGUAUUUUCAAAACUGAUUGAGCAAGAAGUGCCGAUUAAACCGAUUACUUGAAAUUACACUGAAGUGUCUUGAAAAUUUUAAUGAAGGAAAAUAUUUUUUUGUUACCCAAUUUGUUUACAGUGACCACUUUUAUAGAAGAUUAGUUUUUUUAACAUCUAUGAAGUGUUAUUUACUUUUGCAAAAUGUUUAUAGAAUAUAAAUGAGAACAAUAAAAAAAAUGAUUUGCGCCCAAAUAUUAUCUUCUCUAAAAUUCGGUUGCUGUUAUAUUUUCAUUUUAGUUCUUGCCCUGUUUUAAUUUUUUUGUCAUCAUGGUUUACUCUUAAAUAAACAAUUUUUAAACGAUCAUC